AUGAAUAACGUCAAGCUCUGCGGGCGCCCAGUCCAAGUCAAGAUUGAAGGCGAAAGCGCCCCAGCUCCAGGAAUGGCCCCACGUCGCCAGCCGUCCAGCCCGGCUUCGGCUCCCGCUGGAUCCACUACCACCUUGUACGUCUUUCACUUGCCUUUCGAUACCAGCGAAGUUGAGAUCGCCAGCUUGUUUCGUCAUUGUGCCGUUACACCUGCCGAUGUGCAUCUCACUCGCCAUAACGAUACCGGCAAUAUCAAAGCCGCGUUAGUCACAAUUCGUGGAGAAGAAAAUCUUAGUGCCGGGCUGGCCGUCGACGGCGCAAAGUUAAGCGGCCGUCCGGUCCACGUCAAAGUGGAUGGCGAUCGUCGUGGUAGUGGAGGCGGUCAGCGUGAGAGAAGCGGUUAUGGCUUCGGUUCCAAAGACAGAAGGAUGGAGGCAAUGCCCUCAUCUUCUCCCCAUGGAGGGCAGAGAGAUUCGACCUGGAGCUCUGGUUGGACUGACAGAUCCGGUGGUGGUGGCUUUGAUCAAAGCUCACGCGGUGAACGAGGCGUCGAAGGAAGGAGUGCAGGUGCAAGUAGAGGGGCAGGUGUGACACCGCGAGGCGCGUCAGAACAGAGGGAAGAUCCCACCAUUCCGACCGGUCCUCCGCCGGCGGGGCGGAAAAAGCUUGUUCUAAAGCCGCGCACAAAGCCUCCACCGGUCCUAGAGGUUGAUACUCGCGCUAUUGACGGUGUCAAACCGAGUGUACCCUCGUCAGUAUCACAACCAAGGCACCGAUUUGAAAAUUCAGACCCAUCCAAGAAUUUGGCCAUGAGGCAAAACUCCGGCCCACGCGUUACCGCACCACUUUCAGAGGGUGCAGAUCCGAAUCCGAAAGAAGUGACCCCUGCUGACCCGAAAGUGGAAAAAUGGACCACUCCGAAGGAUGCAACGGCGAAGACUCAAGGUGAGAGAUGGUCAAGUGCGAAGGAGGGCGCACCCCAAAAGGCGUCGGGAACAGCUCAAGGUUCUAACAAGAAGGACGAUGACUCAAAGAAACGACCUGUCCUCUUAAAUACCUUUGCCGCAUUGGAAGUGAACGAUGCAGACGCUUAGACAAUGCGGACGUUUCCUCGCCGAGGCCUUGUGCGUAACUCUCCUUCAACUAAAACAACAUAAAAUAAUCGCAUAUGUUUUCGGUUGAAGUUUAUUGCUA